AUGCCGGUGGAUGUUCGUUUCGCUGAUAGGUUGGGCAAUAUUAUGUCUUUGUCAAAUGCAUUCAUCUCAACAGGACAAGAUGCAGAAGCCGCUCGCACAAAAGCCAAAGAUCUCGAGGAGGAAACUCUCAAUACUGCCUCUUCGCCAGACGAGUAUCAGGCCAAACUUGAAGCUGUAAUUGAAUGCCUGCAAUCGCCACCAGAAGCUCAUUCAGAAGAACCCCCACAAGAAGCGGAGAUACUGAACCUUGAAGGUCCCAGCUUUGGCAAUUAUCAAUAUGCCACAUUUCACGUGGACGGGCAAAUGUCCACCAUUUUCAAAGCGGAGGCCAAGGACAGGAAUGCUCCAGCCCGGAUUGUUGCUCUCAAACUUACCUAUCCGACUAGGAUGAUUCCUCCACAUAAUUCCGAAAGAGAGGCUCGACUUCUCGUCAAAGCCCGCCAUGAACAUGUCGUACCGCUUCUGGACUCAAUUCAUGAAUCGGGAGGCCGAUUCAUCCUCGUAUUCCCCUUCCUCAGGCAAGAUCUGGAGAAUCUUCUUAGGUCAGGAACCUUCAGCCAAAAACAGGCUGGGAUGGUCUUUCGGGGACUUUUCGCCGCUUUGGAGCAUAUUCAUGCCCUAGGCAUGAUCCACCGAGACGUUAAGCCAUCGAAUAUCCUGCUCAAGACGAUGGACGGGCCAGUAUAUCUUGCUGACUUUGGAAUCGCAUGGUCUCCCGACGACAAAGACUCUGAGGCGGCAGAUUCCAAGUUCACUGAUGUUGGUACAACUUGUUAUCGCCCACCUGAACUUCUGUUCGGCGAUCGUUCGUAUGACACGUCGUUAGAUAUGUGGGCAGCGGGCUGUGUGGUUGCAGAGAUGGUCAAAGACGGUCACCAUGCGAUAUUCGACGCAGGUCCACUGGGGAGCGAAUUGAGUCUAAUCAAAUCCAUACUCACAACGAUAGGGACACCAAAUGAUGAAACUUGGCCUUCGGCGAGGAAAUAUCCUGACUGGGGCAAAAUGCGAUUUCAAACUUUUCCAGCCAAACCUUGGAAAGAUAUUCUUCCUGGUGCCACUGAAUCGGCUAUCGAUUUUGUCAACAGGACUGUGUGCUACGAAUGCUCCCGAAGGUUGACCGCCAAACAAGCCAUUGCUCACGACCUCGGGUCUAGUAUUGGAAGAAGGUGA